UUUUUUUGGUUUCGUUGGCUGAGAUUCAAACCGUGCCUGCAACCAAAAAUCUAUUUUUGUGUUCCUUUGACCGUCCCGGGACUGUUGCUGCUUUUUCUGUUCCUCCUCCAAUGCUAUCCAUCGAGUUGCUACUGGCAGCUGCUGCUGCAAUGUCAGUACCAGCUUUGUCGCAAACAAUUCCUUUCUACUGGCAGGAAAACAAUCAAGAAUUCCUGUCAACCUACCGAGACAAAGGCAAAAUGGAACAAACCGGUAGAACUGGAGUGGCUGCCAUGCAUGCAACGCUCAUCAGGUAAAGCUGAUUCCAAUCUACUCAUCGUAUAGAGAAGACCAGUUUCUAAACUACUGAAUACAGCGACCGGAAAAUCCUUAUUAUAGAUAAAGCUGAAUGGAAUGAGGCUCAAUUUGACUCCGGCCAAAGCGCAUUCUCAGUGGAAUACGACAUCAUCAACAACGACUAUCGACUUUUGCACCUUGAUACAAACACAUUUUGCUCAGGUGGCGGAUUUUUGAAGAAUGGCACCUUCAUUAGCACUG